GUUGGGUGCGGGCAGCGAUUUGUAGACCCUGGUCCCGAGUCUCAUGCCCGGGUGUCGUGUCUAGCUGAAGAAUAUUUUACUUUAAAAGGAAAGAUGCUAUCUUCAAGUGAUAAAAAGUUAGAAAAACUGGAUCCAUUUUAUCAACCUUCAGUGGCCAAGCUGAAGACCAGUGCAGAAAUUAUAAGUGAAGCUCGGAAUGCGUUAAGAACCCUGAAAACCCAACGACCAUUUACACCUCAGGAAGACCAGAGGAAACUAUUUGGAUCUUCCUCAUCAAGAACACAAGAAAACAGACCUCCUUCCACCUUCAGCCUUCAUGCAUCCAGUUUUGAGUUACCUGACUCCAGGCCUAUCUCAAGUGCUCGUCUCAGUCCACUGGAGCUGAAACCAAAGGCUCCACCAUCUUACACCACAGAAGAGGACCUCUGCCUGCCUAAGCCCCCACUGGACCCUGCAAAGAUUCGAAAAAUAAGCAGUGCCCGGGCACGCUUGUUCCGGGCAGCCUCCCAGGGGGCUCUUCUGCCCGACAGAUCCCUUCCUCCAGCUGAGUCAAAGAAGAUAACACAAUACAAAGAAGCAGUUAUGAUGGGGAACUCUACGGUGAAAAUCAAUGGGAUUCAUUUAACAGAACCAAAUGCCACUGACCACUUAAAAAGUCACCCUGUCCAACUAACUUAUGAUGGAGGCUUCAGAGAAAUCAAAGGCCAAGAAGUGUUCAAAGAAGCACCACCUAUACCAUCUCAUCUCAGAAGAGGAGGGGAGCCAGGGAAGAGGCGCACAAGGGCGUCCUCAUGCCCCAGCAGCUCAGACCUGAGCAGGUUGGAAAUCAAAGCAGUCUCAAAAGCCAACUUGAAAGAAAAGGAUGCAGAAAUAGAAGUUGAUGAACUCUUUUGGAAUACAAGGGUUGUGCCGAUUUUGCAUGAAUUAGAAAAGGAAGAAGACAUUGGGACAGUGUGUGCUGCUUGUACACAGCUCCAUCAUGUUUUAGAGGAAGGAAACCUGCUUGGACACAAGUUUAAGAGAAGAAGUAUUCUGCUGAAGACAUUGUACAAACUAGUAGAUGUUGGCUCAGACUCACUCAGCCUUAAACUUGCCAAACUUAUCCUAGCACUUAAAGUGAGUAGAAAGAAUCUGCUUAAUAUCUGCAAGCUUAUAUUUAAAAUUAGUAGGAAUGAGAAGAACGAUUCUCUGUUUCACAAUGACAACAUUCUGGAAUCAUUAUUGGAGGUACUGAGAAGUGAAGACUUGCGAACUAACACUGAAGCCUUUUUAUACUGCAUGGGGACAAUCAAAUUCCUUUCUGGAAAUCCAAGAUUCCUUAAUGAAAUGAUCAGCAAAGGUGCUGUGGAAAUAUUGCUGAAUCUGAUCCAGCAAAUGAAUGAGCAUACUGCGCAAUGUGGCACAUGUGUGCCUAAUUUGGACCACUUGUUGGUUCAGAUCACUGCUACACUGAGAAACAUGGUCGAUUCGUCGCUAGUGAGAAGUAAGAUGCUCAGUGUCAGCGCCCUGCCCCAGCUCUGCAUGGUGCUUGGCCAGUACAUGGGAGACAAGGACGUGUGUACUAAUAUUGCCAGAAUAUUCAGCAAGCUAACUUCUUACCGUGACUGCUGCGCAGCCCUGGCCAGCUACUCCAGAUGUUAUGCCUUGUUUCUGACUCUAUUAAACACACACCAGAAGAAGCAGGAUUUAGUCAUUCGGAUUGUUUUUAUUCUUGGCAACCUGACAGCAAAAAAUAACCAGGCUCGGGAACACUUUUUCAAAGAGAAAGGGAGCAUCCAAACUCUGUUAUCAUUGUUCCAGAUGUUCUAUCAAUUGGAUUUGCAAUCCCCCAGGCCAGCGUGUGCUGGAGGUGGGCAGCCCCCCCCACAGGGGCCACCCUCGGAGGCUGAGGAUGUGCUCAUCAAGCUGACCCGCGUGCUUGCCAAUAUGGCCAUUCACCCUCGCAUUGGCCCCGGGCUAGCUGCCAACCAACAAGUCGUGGAACUGCUGCUGACUAUGCUGGAAUACAAGUCACUUGAUGACUGUGAGGAGCUGGUGAUCAAUACGACAGCAACGAUCAACAAUUUGUCCUUCUACCAAGUGAAGAAUUCCAUUAUCCACGACAAAAAGCUCUAUAUUGCUGAAUUGCUCUUAAAGCUUCUUGUGAGCAACAACAUGGACGGAAUCCUGGAGGCUGUGCGUGUGUUUGGAAAUCUCUCCCAGGACCAUGACGUCUGCAACUUUAUUGUGCAUAACAAUGUACACAAGUUCAUGAUCGCACUGCUGGACGCUAAGCAUCAGGACAUCUGCUUUUCUGCCUGUGGUGUUCUCCUAAAUCUCACCGUGGACAAGGACAAACGCGUCAUCCUGAAAGAAGGAGGUGGAAUUAAAAAGUUAGUGGACUGUUUAAGAGAUUUUGGUCCUAAUGAUUGGCAGCUGGCUUGCUUAGUUUGCAAGACUCUAUGGAAUUUCAGUGAGAACAUCACAAAUGCUUCCUCGUGUUUUGGAGAUGAAGAUACCAACACUCUCUUAGCCCUGUUGUCAUCAUUUUUAGAUGAAGAACUAGCACUGGAUGGCAGUUCUGAUCAGGACCUAAAAAACUAUCACAAAAUCCACUGGGAAACCGAAUUCAAACCUGUGGCAAAGCAGCUUCUACACCGAAUUCAGAGUCACCACACCUUCCUGGAGCCUCUACCUAUUCCUUCUUUUUAACACGAUGCAAAUCACCAGCAGAGCAGGAAAUCAGGUCUUCUUGGUUCUUAAGAAGUGGUAACAAACAUGAACAUUUUUUCAGUAUUAACAAAUAUUGAAAGUUUUUAAAGUACUGAUUUUAGUGAGUAACCUAAAUAUUUUAAAAGAAAUAAGCAUUUCCUCUUUUUAGGUAUUUUGGGAAAAUAAAUCCAUGUUGUAUUUUCUGCUAUGAGGAGUAUACGAUGAAAAUAUAUGCAUUUUUAAGUUAAAGACUUUUUAUUCUCUGAUAAAUUAGUGGUGGUCUUAAAAUCCUAAUUUAAAAGUUUUAGAAUUUAAGCAUGUACUAGUGUAUUAGUUACAUUAAGUAUGUAAGUAAAGACUUAGAUUUUAUUCAUGGGAAGAAUGGUAGGGAGGUGCCAUAUAUAUGUAACUAUUUUAACAACUGUACUAAUUCUUAGUACAUCUACAAAUAAAAUUUCUGACUAGGUACCAGUAGUUUUUUGGUCCUUAAGUUAGAAGAAAUACAUAGACAAACUCUGCUUUGGGUCAGCUAUUUUUAUUAAGUAUAAUAGAUGAAAGAGUAUUUUACUUUUGUUUUGAAAUAAAAUAACUGGACUCAGUCCUUUUAAUUCUUACUCUGUGUCUAUCAGAGAUGACAUCAGAAAAGAGUUUAAGCUUGGGUUUAUGGCAGACUUUCCCCUUGCUAGCUAUGUGGGCCUUAUGGAAAUAACUUAAUAUCUGGACUUUACACUUCAAAUGAGAACAUUAUCUAUUUUAUUACAGUGUAGUUUAGGGCAAAAUAUUAAAUACUUAGGUUGUCCAGUGUAUGAUUUGUAGUAGGUAUUCAGUAAAUAAUAAUAUUAUGAUGGCAAUUAGCCUGUCAUUCUUUGUGGGAUAUGUUUCCCUUCAAAUAAAGGACUUAAAAAGACAAAGAAAUUGAGAUUACUAUUUUUAUCCUAUACUAGUCCAAUGAAGAUUUAGAAAUAACAGCAUGCUUAGUUCUC